AUAUCUUCAUCCAUAAAUACAGCACCCGAGCGAGGCCUCCAAGCGAAAUCAAGUAGUACAACACAAAGCUCUCUAUCAGGAAUUCGAUCAGGAUCAUCGUCGUCCAUCAGUCGAGACGUACGUGGUUCAGUUCAACAGGUCCUCAGUACGAGAAUGAGCUCCUCGGACGACACCUGCGGCAAGAAGGCGUCGUGGCCGGAGCUGGUUGGGAAGUCCAUCGAGGAGGCCAAGAAGAUCAUCAUGAAGGACAGGCCGGAUGUGAAGAUCAUCGAGGUCUUCCCGGUCGGCACCGCCGUGACCGGGGACUUCAGGCCCGACCGUGUCCGCAUCUUCGUCGACACCGUUGCGGAGAUCCCCCGCAUUGGCUAGCUUUUGUUGAUGCCCCACCGUUUUAUGUGUGUGUGUCUGUAUGUGUUAUGUUCCUGAAUAAACCAUAGCUAGUGAGUAGUGACCAUGUAUGCAUACUACUCCUAGCUAUGUCGGUCGCUCUGUAAGAAUUAAAAUAAUCAUUAAACUUUUUUAUGGGAAAUAAUCAAAGUUGAUCGCUGGCUUGCAACUUUGCUA